AUGUUUCAAUAUGCAUCAUUACGAGCAAUAGCUGAGCGAUAUAAAGCAAAAUUAAUCGUCCCCGUGAAAUGUACAUUACGGCGGGGCUUUAAAUUGGAUGCAAUUACAGUAAGCAAUGAGCUGAAUGAUGAAUUAAUCCGACGUUACAGCGCAAAUGAACAUCGUUUUACUGAAGAUUUGAUUCGUAAAGAAUUCACCUUUUUACCAGAAAUUAUCAAACGAGCGGAUGAAUAUUUACAAAAAGCUAAAUAUGCGAAAUAUCAUGCAGAAACUGCAAUUAUCAUUAAUCUUAAUCAUCAUAAUCAAAUGGAUAUUACUAAACACUCUUAUGGUUAUAUAUACGUUGGAAUACAUAUAAGACAUGGUAUAGAUGUUACAAUGAACAGUCGAAAUAUAAAAUAUGGUCAUAUAGCUAUCACAAAAGAUUACAUUAUCAGUGCAAUGGAUUAUUUUAGAUCAAAAUUCGAAAAGUUAAUAUUUGUGAUAAGCAGUGAUAAUAAGCAUUGGGUUGAAAAAAAUAUCAAUCAUACUUAUAAAGGUGAAAUUUAUAUCGUAUCAUCAGGUUAUCGAGAAGUUGAUAUGGCCACACUGAUUCGUUGUAAUCAUACGAUAAUGAGUACAGGUACCUUUUCAUGGUGGAUUGGUUAUCUGACAAAUGGUAUCGCGGUGUAUUACAAUAAUUGGCCAAGACAUGGUUCAGUGCUGGAGAAAAUGAUGAAAAAAGAUGAGUAUUUUCUAAAUAGUUGGAUACCGAUGGAAUGA